CUUUUUGAAGCUUAUUCCAGGGAAGUAAAACAUAGAGCAUGACGAUAUUCCCCCCAUGCUUAGGAAACCGGCUACAGACAAUAGCGCAGCAUAACUUUUUGAGAACCGAGACUAACAUAAUAAAUACUGUAAAUACUAAAUCAAAUGAAAAACGGGAAGCAGCGUGGUAACAGAGCGUGUCUCCAUAACUACGGUAUUAUAAGGGACGCCCCGGACGCUUCAAGUGUGGAAGUUGUUGCAUACGGACGUCUUUAGCGGAUGGACUAAUCACAACUCGAAAACGCCAUAGUUGCUCUAACUGCGACGCCAAGAAAACGUCGCCUCUCUUGUUGUUUGAUAAUUCACAAUGUCGGUGAAAUUGAAUGCUUUAAAUAGCGAUUCUUACACCGAUAUCGGUGCAUACAGAGACCAACAUUUUAAGGGCAAGUGUCAUUUACAAGAGAAGCUGCUGAAGGCAAGCCACACUUUAUAUGUGGGGAACCUUUCCUUCUACACUACAGAAGAGCAGGUUCACGAGCUCUUUUCGAAGAGUGGAGAUGUAAAGAGGAUCAUCAUCGGUCUUGAUAAAGUAAAAAAGACUGCUUGUGGCUUCUGCUUCGUCGAAUACUAUACAAGGGCAGAUGCAGAACAUGCAAUGCGCUUCAUAAAUGGCACACGUCUUGAUGACCGCAUGAUCAGGACAGACUGGGACACUGGCUUUAAAGAGGGAAGACAAUAUGGUCGUGGCAAGUCUGGAGGACAAGUCAGGGAUGAGUACAGGCAGGACUACGACCCAGCCAGAGGCGGCUAUGGAAAGUUGGCUCAGCAGCAUAGAGGGCCACAAUAGCUUUGUUGUAUUGUGUGUUGAUGCUUUGUGGAUCAGUCUUCCCCACCCCCCAAAAAAAAACAAACAAAAAAAAACACAAGUCACCACCUUGAAGGAAACAUUAUUUCUGAUAUAGAAGAAAAAGAGCUGGAAUGAUCAUAAGCCCUUGUUAGCCUCAUUAUACAGUAUUGCCUGCUGGAGGAACACAAAGGAAGCAUGCUUUUAUUUAAUUUUCCCCCAGCAAUUUAUCUAAAUGGAAACAUCCCAAAUUGUGUUAAGAGUUCUUUUUUUUUU